UUAAAUCCGAGCCUCGACGGAAAGAAAAAAAAUAAAUUCAGAUAAAAUCAAUAAUAAUGGCGGCAACGUUACCUUACGCCGAUGUCGAUUCAACCUUAAAGGCAAUCGCCGGACGGGCGGAAGGCUUUGGCCGUUUUGCAGUCGGUGGUGCUCACGGUCAUGUGCAUCACGUGACCUCUUUAGCUGAUGAUGGUCCGGGAUCACUUCGUGAAGCAUGCCGCAGGAAAGAACCAUUUUGGAUCGUUUUUGAAAUUUCAGGCACUAUCCAUCUCUCAUCCUACUUAAGUGUGUCAUCACACAAGACUAUCGAUGGUCGUGGCCAGAGAAUAAAACUGACUGGAAAAGGUUUGCGGUUAAAGGAGUGCGAGAAUAUUAUUAUAUGCAACUUGGAGUUUGAAGGCGGUAGAGGACAUGAUGUUGAUGGUAUACAGAUUAAACCAAAUUCAAAGCAUAUUUGGAUAGAUCGCUGCAGCCUGCGUGACUAUGAUGAUGGACUUAUAGAUAUAACUAGACAAAGCACAGACAUCACAGUUUCUAGAUGUUACUUUUCAGGACAUGACAAGACGAUGCUAAUUGGUGCCGAUCCAUCUCAUAUUGGUGAUAGAUGUAUUAGAGUAACAAUUCAUCAUUGUUUUUUUGAUGGGACCCGGCAAAGACAACCUCGUCUUCGAUUUGGGAAAGUUCAUCUUUAUAAUAACUACACUAGAAACUGGGGAAUAUAUGCCAUUUGUGCUAGCGUUGAAGCACAGAUAUACUCUCAAUGCAAUAUCUAUGAAGCAGGACAGAAGAAAAAAGCCUUUGAAUUUUAUAGUGAAAAGGCAGCAGAUAAAGAGGAAUCAAGAUCAGGAUUGAUAGUAUCGGAAGGUGACUUGCUCUUGAAUGGAGCUCAACCAUGUCCAUUGAAAGAAGCCAAUGGAGAACGCAUGUUCCAUCCUAGUGAGUUUUACCCAGUAUGGACGAUGGAGCCUGCUUCUGAUGCGUUGAGACAAAUUCUCCACAUCUGCACUGGUUGGCAAUCUGUUUCGAGACCAGCUGAACAAUGAUUUGUGCCGUGAUCAAGGGGGCUUUGGGAACGAGCGAAGAGCGUAGAAUGACUUGGACUUAGCACCUUUGGCCUUAGAGUUCUUCAAAGCUUUAGUUCUUUAUGUUGGCUUAUAAGUACUCUUGAAUAUUUUGUUACUUUGACUUUGGUUUGACUUUGGUUGACUUUCAAUAAGAUUAAUGUCCCUUUUGUCC